AUGCGUGUCAACUGGAAGCCUAAAUGGCUAAAGCGCCCUCUCUUUCGGAAAUCUGUGCUCGAGGAGGGUCAUUCUUCCGAUGCUAUGCGGGAUCAAAUCGCGCGCCACGCUACGGGAUCCGGGGUUUUCAACGGUUCGUAUAUUAAUAAGCAUGUGAACUUCAAUUCACAAGACGCUUAUCUCGAGAGUGAGGUCUCCGAAGAAGGCCUCACUCGUGUGUUUGCCUAUAUGAGCCUUCGCUAUAACCCGGGAGCUCCUUCCGGUGUGCCUUCAGAGUUGUUGCAUGAACUCUUGACCGAGGACACUAAGAUUGCAACCCUCGGGCGAGAAGUGGAGGAGCUCCGCAAGGAUAUAAAGGCGACGUAUAGUCUUAUUAAGCACGCACUAGCGGAGAGGAUCCAAGAGUAUAGGUACCUCCAGCAGCGGCUAAAGAAUGCCAAAAAGAGUCUAAUAGAUGAGUUUAACACGGUCUAUAGACAGGAUUAUUUCUCCUGUGUUUAUAACGAGAUGAUGAAAAUGUCGCUUGACCAAACCGCGAUCGUGGAGCCAGGCGACGAGCCUAUGGUCCAACACGCGCUCGAGGAACGGAAUCAACUAUAG